AUGGGUUUACACCCGUUGGAGUUCAGUGAGUGUUACCUGGACAGUCCUGCCUUCAGGGAGAAAAUCAAAGCUCAUGAAGCUGAGCUGGACAAAACCGGCAGGUUUAUCAAAGAGCUGUAUAAAGAUGGAAAGAAUCUCAUCAAUGCCACAAAACAGCUUUCAUUGGCCCAGAAGAAGUUUGCUCAGUGCCUGGGCGAGUUCAAAUUUGAAUACAUCGGCGACGCCAAAACUGACGAUGAGAAGUGCAUUGAUGAAUCAUUGCAAGAAUUCUCCUCCUUUCUUAGAAACUUGGAAGACCAAAGAGAACUGAUGAUGAGAAACAUCACAGAGACGCUGAUGAAGCCUUUAGAACAGUUUCGGAAAGAGCAGCUCGGCUCAGCAAAGGCAGAGAGAAAGAGGUACGAGAAGGAAACAGAGAAGUACUACAGCUCACUAGAGAAACUUUUGAACAUGUCAGCAAAGAAGAAAGAGCCACAAUUACAGGAGGCAGACAUGUCGGUGGAAGCGAUGAGGCAGCACUUUCAGGAGUCGUCCCUGGAGUAUGUGUGCAAGCUGCAGGAGAUACAGGAGAGGAAGAAGUUUGAGUGUGUCGAGCCUAUGCUGGCGUUCUUUCAGACUGUAUUUACUUUCUAUCAUCAGGGAUACGAGUUGGCCAAAGACUUUGACCAUUAUAAAAAAGCCCUUCAAAUCAACAUUCAAAAUACACGGAGUCGUUUCGAGGGCACACGCUCUGAGGUGUACGAGUUAUUGAAGAGAAUCAAAGAGUCGCCACAGGAAUACAGACAGACCAGCCCCAUCAGCAGUGAGGGCUAUCUUUACGUACAGGAGAAACGACCUCCUCCUUUCGGAUCCAGCUGGGUGAAACGCUAUUGCACGCUUGUCAAAGAACAGAAGAUUCUACACAUGAAGACGUUUGACCAGAGAUCAGGCGGGAGGCUUGGUGAGACCGAGUCUGUUACAAUCAAGUCUUGUGUCCGCAAAACCACAGACACUCUUGACAGGAGGUUCUGCCUAGACAUAGAGAUCACAGAUCGACCGAUCACUGUACUGACGGUCCAGGCACUCUCAGAAGAUGACCACAGAUUCUGGAUGCAUGCGAUGGGAGGAAAGGAGCUGAUGCAGUAUCUCAACCGGACACAUUCACGAGAAAGAGGAAUUGAUGCCCAGUUGGAUGACGUGGGAAUAAGCUUUGUGAAAAAUUCAAUAAAUGCCGUUGAAACAAGAGGUAUUAAUGAUCAAGGUCUGUACAGAGUUGUCGGGGUCAGUUCAAAAGUACAGAAGCUUCUCAGUUUAAUGAUUGAUGAGAAGAGCUGUGAAAUAGAUUUAGCAACCAGUGAGGACUGGGAUGUCAAAACCAUCACCAGUGCUUUAAAACUCUACCUGAGGAGUCUUCCAGAGCCACUAAUGACAUACGAGCUGUAUAAGGAGUUCAUCGUCCCUGCAAAGAGUGCUACUCCAGAAUCUAGAGUUCAGGCCAUUCACUGCCUGGUUCAUAAACUGCCAGAGAGGAACAGAUUAGUGCUCAGUCUGGUUACCAAGCAUCUUGCCAAUGUUGCUGCCAACAGCAAACAGAACCUGAUGACAGUGGCGAACCUGGGCGUAGUGUUUGGCCCCACGCUUAUGAGACCACAGGAAGAAACAGUGGCAGCCAUUAUGGACCUUAAGUUCCAGAACAUUGUGGUGGAGAUCCUCAUAGAACAGCAUGAAAAGAUAUUCGGGGAUGCUCCGAGCAGCUCUCCAUCCUUAGCCGCUACACCCCUCUCUGCACCAACCAGACAGUCCAAGAGGCUCAGUCGGCAGAAUCGCCCGCUGGCUGUAUACAACCCGCAGGUGCUGGAUGUUCAAACAGUCUCUCCAUCCUCUGAGAGUCCAGCCCUGGUUAGCGAUGAGACAUCAGUGAGCAGUAAUGAGUCGGUCUCCUCCCAGUCUUCGAACGCCUCCGGAACGCCCCCCGAGAAAUCGAAGAAUCAUCACGCCACCAUUAGCACAUCCCUGCCAGAGAGCACCGGGAUAUGUACUGCCACAGCUUCAUGGAUGAAUUCUGCCUCCCCUGCCUCUGUUACACCGGUGAAACCUGGAUCUGCAGGAACUGAGAAGAAUAAACCUGAGGAAAGUGUCACCCUCAUGAAGGCAAAAGCUGUGUACCCCUGUGAGGCUGAACACGAUUCCGAACUCUCUUUCCAGGUUGGCGCAAUCUUCCAUGACGUGAAACUCUCCAGGGAGCCCGGAUGGCUGGAGGGUGUGCUGGAGGGAAAGCGAGGACUCAUCCCUGAAAACUAUGUGGAGAUACUGUAACUCCGAAAAGAACUAUCCUCACACUUCUCUUUAUAUACAUGGUAUCCAUGGUCUCGGCGGCUCUUUCACAGUGGCACUGCUUGUCGUUCCUCCAUCCUUCUCCACACUAAAGACGCUGAGAGGAAAAAUAUAUAUUGUAUCCAAAAACACAGGUGUUGAGUUCAAGUAUAAGCUAAGAUGUGCUGUAUACAUAGAGACUACACUUUAAGAUAUGUAAAUAGAAAUUUGUGUGGGAAAAUACGCAUCCGUCAUUGUGACUGUGUUGUCCUCUUUUUUUUUAUUUUAUUGCAUGUUAUAAUUUUAGCCAAGUAGUUUGGGUUAUUUAGCAUUAGUAUUCUCAAUACUCAAAGAUACCUUGAGUAUCUUUCUAUUUAAUGUUAUCAAGUUGCAUUUAAUUGGGCGUGUGAUGAUGUAUAGGAAAAAAAAAAAAGUGUAACCUUAUGACAGUGCAGUGAACAUUUGUCAGUUUUGUGUCUUGGUUUAGUGGAACACUAGAGAGUAUAUUAGACAUAAAUGUAGUGCUUGGCGGUUAUUGAUAUUGAAAUAUGUAUGUGAUUAUUAAAUCUUUCGCAUUGGUUAAAACUGAUGCUGUGCCUUCAAUUUAUUACACAUGGCAUGUGGGACGCUGUUCAAUAACUCGAACAGAGCAACUUUUUUUUGCUAUUCUGUAUAUAGUUUUUAACAUUAUUUUGAAGAACAGAGACGAUAAAUAAAAAUGUAACGCAUACAUUGACGUCAAAUUAAAUAUUGCCAAGUCUUACAUCUGUGUUAUAUACAUAGUUAUAUUUGUGCAAAGAAACUUAAAAGCCAAGCACUCUCCCUCUUUAAAGUUUUGAAGUUUACCACAUCGUUUUUGCAGAAACCUUAAAAAUGGCAGGACUUCACUGAUGUUUAAUGAGACCAUUUUCAUUUUUCUAAGAGCUCUUGUUCCACGGGUUCAUGUUUGUGACUGAGCGGAUCUGCGGUGAUUUCAGACAGUGAUUUAUGACCUCUGAAAAGGUCUUGGCAUUGAUAUCAUUUUUUUUUAUGUUGAUCAAUGUUAAAUAAAUAAAGUGUUUUAUUCUAAUAUCUUGCUUUUCAUUUUUAUUUAUAUGCCAGAGUAUGUGUAUAAAUAAUGGAAGCCAAAUGCUGCAGGGCACUGUGGACCACUAAUGUGUUUACUGGGGAAAAAAACAUUUGUGAUAUGACUGUUGUUUAAUGAAAAAUAAAAUAGCGUUGUGUGUGAUUUUCUUAAUGUCGAUUAACUUAAUUGUGUGGAUGUGCUCCCAUCAAGGUCAAAAAGACACUAAGGCUUUUGCUGAAGAACUUAAACUUGUCUAAUAAUUCAAAACCUCAUUACCUGAUUAGUACAACCCAUAAAUCUCCCAUAUAUGUUUGCAUUUGUUUAAUAGCAAUCUUGACCAUACUGUAUGAGGGAUAAACAAUAGCCACUACACACAUGAAACGCGUUAAAUUACAGUAAAAUUACUGUAAAAAUCUUUUUUGGUAAACAUGUUCGCACAUGCAGUGGCUUUCCAUUAUUUAUCCGUAUUGCUGCCAUUCACAAAUAUAGCCCAAAAUACCAUUUAAAAACUCAGUGAUGCCAUUUUCUAGAAAUUCAUAAAAAUAAAAUAAAAAUAGCUCUUUUAUUUCUUUUAAGGUUUGUUGUGUUUUACCAACACAUACAUUUUAGUUUCUGUCCCAUUUAAUGACAUUUCUUGCUAAAUUGUGUGCUAAAUUAGAUUUGUUAGAGCAUUGUAAUUGGCUCAAACUCUUAGGAAGCAUUUUGAUGGUUUAUUGGAAUUUCAUUGUCCAAAUAUAAGCAACAUUUUGUUACUGAUACCUGUCAUUUCGACACAACCGGAUUUCUGUUGUAUGUAGAUGAACUGUUGUCUAUUGCAUACAUUGCAUUUAGAGCAUUGUGACUUAUUCUCUCCCACACACUUCUAGCCCUGGAGCUGCUCUGCAGCUUUUACAUUAAACCUCUCCCCCUUUAAGUGGAUUAAAUCCUCAUUUCCUAGCAGAUUUGGACUGCCUCCUCAUAUACUGGGCUUGAACUGGAGCACACGGCAGUCUAGGUCCUUACUGGAUGGAGUGCUUGAAAACAAACCAUUUGCAUCAAAAUAGACUCCUCUGUUGAAGCCACAGCGCAGCGGUUAGCACACACUGUUGUAGCAACUGGUUCGGGUUUAGGUUAUUUCCUGUUUUCUGUUCCCAUUUCCUUUCAUGACCCCAUCAUACACACAUGAUAAGUGCACAUUUCUUGCAGAAUGACUGCAGUUUGUUCAACUGCGGUUAAAGGGAUUUUUGUGGUUCCUGAUCCUAUCAAUGUAAAAUGUCAUUCGCAAACCAUUAUACUUCAGUAAUGUGGUACUUUUCUCAGUAAAAUGGGAUAUUUAAAAAUAAUGACUGUCAUCAUUUACUCAUCCUGAUAUUGAACCUUUCUUUCUUCUGCAGAGCACAGAAGAUAUUUUAAAGAAUGUUUCUGGGUUUUGACCACACAAGGAAACUCAAUUGGGUCCAAAACAACAAUGGACCCAUUUGACUUUGAAUGUAUAUAAAAAAAAACCAAAUGUCUUAUUUUGUGUUCCCCCAUAAAAAAGUCUACUACUCAAGAACUACUCAAGUGUGCGUAAAUGAUGACAUAAUGUUAAUUUUGGGAUAAACUAAAAAGUCAGUUACAAAUAAAGUCAGUUGACUUGGUGGCCAUAUUUACAUAAACAGCUAUUUCAGCAUCCAAGACCAGCUCCUGUCUAUUUGAAUGGGGGGAUAGAGUGGUUGUCUAUUAAAGCUUACAUUUAAAUAACAUUUCAAAUCCACAAUAAAAAUUUGCCAUGAA